UGCAAUUGACCGUUUGGUUAACAUAUACAAAAAUGUGGUUCACAAAACUGGGGGUUACCUUACAGAAAGUGGUUAUGUCAAUCUGCAAAGAGUACAGAUGAUCAUGUUAGCAGUUGGUGAAGUUGAGGAUAGCAUUUUUAAAAAGAGAAAGGAUGAUGAGGACAGUUUUAGAAGACGACAGAAAGAAAAGAGAAAGAGAAUGAAGAGAGAUCAACCAGCUUUCACUCCUGGUGGAAUAUUAACCCCUCAUACCUUGGGUUCAAGAAAUUCACCAGGUUCUCAAGUAGCCAAUAAUCCGAGACAAGCAGCCUAUGAAAUGAGGAUGCAGAAUAAUUCUAGUCCUUCAGUAUCUCCUAAUACGAGUUUCACUUCUGAUGGCCCGUCUCCGAUAGGAGGAAUUAAGCGAAAAGCAGAAGACAGUGACAGUGAACCUGAACCAGAGGAUAACGUCAGGCUUUGGGAAGCUGGAUGGAAGCAGCGGUACUACAAGAACAAAUUUGACGUUGAUGCAGCUAAUGACAAAUUCCGUCGUAAAGUUGUACAGUCUUACGUUGAAGGGCUCUGCUGGGUUCUUCGAUAUUAUUACCAGGGCUGUGCUUCCUGGAAGUGGUAUUAUCCAUUUCAUUAUGCACCAUUUGCUUCAGACUUGGAAGGUACUGCAGACAUGCCUUCUGAUUUUGAGAAGGGUACUAAACCAUUUACACCACUGGAACAACUUAUGGGAGUUUUUCCAGCUGCAAGUGGUAACUUCCUACCUCCAUCAUGGCGGAAGCUCAUGAGUGAUCCUGAUUCUAGUAUAAUUGACUUCUACCCUGAAGAUUUUGCUAUUGAUUUAAAUGGGAAGAAAUAUGCCUGGCAAGGUGUUGCUCUGUUGCCGUUCGUGGAUGAGCGAAGGCUGCGAGCUGCCCUAGAAGAGGUAUACCCAGACCUCACUCCAGAAGAGACUAGAAGAAAUAGUCUUGGAGGCGAUGUCUUAUUUGUGGGGAAACAUCACCCACUGCACGACUUCAUUUUAGAGCUGUAUCAGACAGGUGCCGCAGAGGAUCUGACACAGAAUGCUGCAGUCAGGUCAUUUUUCCAAAUACGUGACAUUCGCCCAAAACACAGCUCUGAGCUUGCAAAUAAGUUUAAGAAGACCUCCGAUUCAUGA